GAAUUAGAGAAAUUGUUAAUGAAAUAGAAAAAAGUAUUAAAAAAAUAAAUAAAGUAGAAACAGGAGUUGCAAUUGAAAGAACUCUUUCAAAGAUAGAAAAAAUAAUUAAUUAUGUAACUGUAGCAAAAAUAUGUAUUAGACAAAAAAUUGAAGGAUUUGACAAGAUAGUUCACCUUCGGAAAAUUUAUCUUAUAAGAAAUCAAAAAAAUUCUGAUAACAUUCAUGAACCAUUCAUAAAUUUAGAGAAUCAAAGUCAACCUAAUCAAUCUUAUAGAAGGAUAGAUU